AAACAGAUGAAUAUUUCAUUGUAUGAGUGAAUGAAUUGAUGUUUAUAUUGAUUGAUAUUUUGUGACCAAAUUGUGGUGAUAUUUGAUGUAUUGAUAGUCUGUGUAAUCGGUGACCAUUGAGGACAUGACGGCCGCAAUGAUCAAACACUUGCAAAGCAAAGCUAAAAGACGUCGCAAUCUUUUGCGACAACAGUUAAAUGCAAAAGACGACAAUGAAUUUACUGAACUAUUGGGAUAUAAUAGCGAAAGACAUGACAAUAGAUCCAGUGAUAACCUAAUGACACUGAAAGAUGUCGGCGACAUAUUUGCCGCCAAUAAUAGCAUUGUUGGACACGAAGAUAAAAAUGAUAAGACAAGUCAUAAAGAUAUAGAAGAAAACGAAGCGAAACGAAAAUGGGAUAAAAGUGAAGAAUUUGCCGAAAAGGAAGAAGUGGUCACUUAUACCGAUUCGAGUACUUUCUUGAAGGGCACUCAAAGUGCAAAUCCACACAACGAUUAUUGCCAACACUUUGUAGACACGGGUCAGAGGCCACAGAAUUUUAUCCGAGACGUCGGCCUUUCCGACCGGUUUGAAGAGUACCCAAAACUUAAAGAAUUAAUUCGUCUUAAGGAUGAACUGAUUGCCACUACAGCCACUCCUCCCAUGUAUUUGAAAUGUGAUUUAAGACAUUUUGAUUUAAAAGACAUUAAAUGCAAGUUUGAUGUCAUGUUGAUUGAGCCGCCACUUGAAGAAUAUCAGAGAACACAUGGAGUGACAAAUACAGAGUUCUGUAGUUGGAGUGAUGUCAUGAAUUUGCAAUUAGAAGAAGUGGCCGCUCAGCGAUCAUUUGUUUUUCUGUGGUGCGGUUCUAGUGAUGGUUUAGACUUAGGUCGUCAAUGUCUUAAAAAGUGGGGAUUUAGGAGGUGUGAAGAUAUUUGUUGGAUUAAGACAAACAUCAAAACUCCGGGACAUUCCAAGAAUUUGGAACAAAACGCUCUCUUUCAACGAACUAAAGAACAUUGUCUUAUGGGUAUCAAAGGCACUGUUAGAAGAAGUACUGACGGAGAGUUUAUUCACGCAAAUAUUGACAUCGAUUUAAUAAUUAGUGAAGAAUUUGAAUACGGAUCCAUUCAAAAGCCCGAAGAGAUAUUUCAUAUUAUUGAACACUUUUGUUUAGGUCGACGACGACUUCAUGUAUUUGGUAGGGAUUCCACUAUAAGACCCGGUUGGCUAACAAUAGGACCGGGACUUACAAAUAGUAACUUUAAUAGUGAUACUUAUUGUAAUUACUUUAACGGUCCGAAUGGUUAUCUGACCGGUUGUCCCGAAAGAGUAGAAACACUUAGACCUAAGUCGCCGCCACCAAAAUUAAAGGGUCAAAACAAUCAGAGAUCAGGUGCUUCUCGAGGAGGCGCUGCUUCAUCAAGAGGUGGUCAAAGACGUGGCGCACAACGAUAACAAUAUUUUAUAAAUUAAGUUUUUGUCAAUUCAUUUAAA